AGAAGGGUACGUUCACGGGUAUCAUUACCUGCGCUGUGCAGCCGAACAACUUCUUAACUAUCAAACAGCCAUUCCAUUUUCACUAACAAAAAUUAUAUAUUUAGGGAUAAAGUACAGAAGGACACUCAGUAUGGAUGAAGAAUACGAUGUUAUUGUUCUCGGGACCGGCCUAACGGAAUGCAUUCUGUCUGGCAUUAUGUCAGUGAAGGGGAAGAAGGUGCUUCAUAUGGACAGGAACUCUUACUAUGGAGCAGAGAGUGCGUCCAUCACGCCACUGGAAGAUUUGUACAAGCGCUUCAGUCUUCCAGGCAAACCUCCAGAGUCCAUGGGAAGAGGUCGGGACUGGAGCGUGGACCUCAUCCCAAAGUUUCUGAUGGCCAAUGGUCAGCUUGUGCGAAUGUUGCUGAUCACUCAGGUGACCCGUUACCUGGACUUCAAGGUAAUCGAGGGCAGCUAUGUCUACAAGAAGGGAGCGAUCUACAAAGUGCCGGUUACUGAGACAGAGGCACUAGCCUCCAGUUUGAUGGGGAUUUUCGAGAAGAGACGUUUCAGGAACUUCUUGAUCUUCGUUGCCAACUAUGAUGUGAACGAUCCCAAAACCAUGGAGGGUGUCGACCCCAACAAGGCGACAAUGCGUGACCUGUACAAGAAGUUCAGCCUGGGCCAGGAUGUGAUGGACUUCACUGGCCACGCCCUCGCGCUCUACAGGACAGAUGACUACCUGGACCAGCCCUGCAUCGACACCAUCAACAGGAUUAAGCUCUACAGUGAGUCUCUGGCCAGAUACGGCAAGAGUCCUUACCUCUACCCUCUCUACGGCCUGGGGGAGCUGCCACAAGGCUUUGCCAGGUUGAGUGCUAUCUAUGGUGGGACCUACAUGCUGAACAAGCCCAUAGAGGAGAUUGUUAUGGAGAAUGGGAAGGUAGUGGGGGUCAAGUCAGAGGGAGAGAUAGCCCACUGUAAGCAGCUGAUCUGUGACCCCAGCUACAUCAUGGACAGAGUCAGCAAGGUCGGCCAAGUGGUCCGUAUCAUCUGUGUCAUGAGCCACCCCAUCAAGAACACCGGCGAUGUCAACUCCUGCCAGAUCAUCAUCCCUCAGAUCCAGGUUAACAGGAAACACGACAUCUACGUGUGUAUGAUCUCCUCGGCCCACAACGUGGCAGCGCAGGGCAAGUACAUUGCCAUCGCCAGCAGCGUAGUGGAGACCAAUGACCCAGAGAAGGAGCUCAAACCGGCCCUGGAUCUAUUGGAGCCCAUUGAACAGAAGUUUGUGAGCAUCAGCGAUCAGUAUGCACCAACUGACAUGGGAAAAGACAGCCAGAUAUUUAUCUCCCGUACGUAUGAUGCAACGACCCACUUCGAGACCACCUGUGACGACAUCAAGGACAUCUACAAGCGCGUGAUGGGCACUGAGUUUGACUUUGCAGAGAUGGAGCGCACGAAGAAUGACAUCUUUGGAGACGCAGGUGAUCAGUGAUAGUAUAACCAACAUGUUAGUGUUCAGACAGCUCCAAAUCUUAAACUGGUUUAUAAUCCAAAUGCAUUGUUGGAAUCUGUAUCUAUGACCCUUUAAAACAAUGGAAAUAUGUUUGUAGAAAAAAAUAAAGAAAUACGUUUACUGGCAUGCGGACAAUUUUGGGCGGCUGCGUUUUAUAAUGAAUUUGACAGUUGGUUAAGAACAUGCAAUGAUCACACUGUGUACCAUCAUGAAGUUUUCUUCAAAUUCUGACAUGUGAAUGUCGCCAAAGUUUUAUUCAGGGGUUUAUACGUAGUCUAUAAUUGUGAUAUAAAUUGUAUUUUUACAUAAGGUAAUAUUCUGUGUUAAAGUGAAAUAAAUAAAUAUUUUAUCUGUAAUAGAGAAA